UGCUUAGUCACCAAACACUAUCUCUUUCACGCGAAAAAUCCUUACAUUGCAGAGUUUGUUUGCAAAAAGAACACACCCUCUCUUUGAUUCUUUUGCUCUGUUCAUUUAUUGCUUUAGAAUCAGAAGCUGUCAUUCUCCUUUACCUGAAUUUUCUAUGCCUUAAGCUUCCUCUCUCUCUCUCUCUCUCUCUCGCUCUCUCUCUCUCUCUCUCUCUCUAUAUAUAUAUAUAUAUAUAUAUCUAUCUGCUCUCAGCUCUUGUCAUGUAACUUAAAGCUUUAAACAUUCCUCAUCGAUUGUGUGUUAUCAAAUUGUUUCCUUUUAUGCUCCUGAGAGUCUUUUUCUGAAUAAUGUAAUUUUGAUUUUCUCCCCAUCUCGUUGGUUCUCUUUUCUGUUUGUUAAAUGCUCAUUUGCUCAAUAGUUUUCUGAGUCAUUCCUAUUAUGAUUUUAAUAAUGGGUUCUCGUUAAGUUUACGGUUUGAAGAUCUCUUUGUUUAGUUUUCUUAGAUUUCAAAGUUUUCUUUCUUGUGUUCUGUGAAUGCCCAUUUGCUUCAAAUUGUUCUAAACCAUUCCAAAUGCAGCUAUCGAUGAUGGGUUUUCGUUAAUUUUCUGGUUCUUGCUCUCAAUACCUCAAAAGCCUAAAGCUUGACUUCAAUAUUCAUUACCCAGAUUUUAGAUCGAAAAUUAUACUAUGUAACAGUUUGUUUAGCAUUCUUCUGGUGGGAGCUAGCUGAUGAAAGGGAGGGCUUUUAGAUAAGAGAAAAGAGAGGUGAUGGAUCUAAGCUUCAUCGAAGUCCACCGCUAGUAGUUUUGUGAUUUGAUCAUAUGGAGAGGUCCUCUUUAACUCGUUAGUAUUGAACUUUUUAAUUCAUAAUGAAUUCAAUUCGCUAAAAUUUUCUAGUUUUUAUCUAAGAUAUGGAAUUCAAGUAGCAAUUCAUUACUCAUUCUUUUGUUCUUCAUAGCUUAAUCCAAUUAUUCUUUGCAAAUUACUCAGGAAUGUAAAUUCUUUCCACUGGAUUAAUUCAUUAUUUUCAGGACCUAUACCAGGGGUCUAUAUUAUACUUCAGAAAUAAUGAGUUUGAUAUUCUUCUUUCCCGCUAUUUUUAUCCUUCAAAGUCCUGUUAUGAUCAAGAAUUACUUGCUUCUCUGCCCAUAAUUUUGGAUAUAUAUUAUCACUAAUGCAAAUUUAAAACCACUGUGGCCUCUCGAGUCCCUUAGAAUUUGGAUCUGCCUUCAGCAUCUUAUUGUUUUUACUACCCUCAUAUUUGUUUUCUCAAACAAAAUCCGGGAAGAUUCUAUUUACUUAUUCUUCCCUAAGUAUUAAACUUAUCAUGGAAGAAACAUUUGUUCCCUUCCGUGGAAUCAAGAAUGACCUCAAAGGAAGACUUUUGUGCUAUAAACAAGAUUGGACUGGUGGUCUGCGAGCGGGCAUCAGGAUCUUGGCCCCAACAACCUAUAUAUUCUUUGCUUCAGCAAUUCCAGUUAUAUCUUUUGGGGAGCAGCUAGAAAGAAACACAGAUGGAACUCUGACCGCAGUGCAUACUCUUGCAUCAACAGCCCUUUGCGGUGUUAUCCAUUCAGUUUUUGGAGGACAGCCCUUGCUUAUACUAGGGGUGGCUGAACCAACAGUGUUGAUGUAUACAUUUAUGUUCAACUUUGUUAAGGACCGGAAAGAUGUAGGGAAGGAACUCUUCUUAGCCUGGACAGGAUGGGUAUGUGUGUGGACAGCCCUUUUACUUUUCUUGCUGGCCAUUCUGGGUGCAUGCUCCAUUAUCAAUAGGUUUACGCGUCUUGCUGGUGAAUUAUUUGGUCUGCUAAUUGCAAUGCUUUUUAUGCAGCAGGCCAUAAGGGGAGUCGUGGAAGAGUUUGGCAUACCCAAAAGAGGAAACUCUAACGGGACUGCACUCCAACCUUCAUGGCGAUUUGGAAAUGGAAUGUUUGCAUUAGUUCUCUCUUUCGGCCUUCUUCUUACUGCACUUCGAAGCCGUAAAGCUAGAUCCUGGCGCUAUGGUACUGGCUGGCUGCGAGGAUUUAUUGCAGAUUAUGGAGUUCCUCUUAUGGUGCUUGUAUGGACAGCCAUUUCUUACAUACCAGUUAAAGAUGUUCCCAAAGGAAUCCCAAGACGGCUUUUCAGUCCAAAUCCAUGGUCUCCCGGAGCUUACUCUAAUUGGACGGUUAUCAAGGAAAUGCUGGAUGUUCCUCCAUUAUAUAUAGUUGGAGCAUUUAUACCAGCAACCAUGAUCGCUGUGCUUUACUACUUUGAUCACAGUGUUGCAUCUCAACUUGCUCAGCAGAAGGAGUUCAAUCUGAAAAAACCAGCUUCGUAUCACUAUGACCUUCUUCUUUUGGGUUUUCUGACCAUUCUAUGUGGGCUUAUCGGUAUUCCUCCUUCCAAUGGUGUAAUUCCACAAUCUCCUAUGCAUACAAAAAAUUUGGCCACUCUAAAACAUCAGCUGCUGCGGAAUAAACUUGUAUCAACUGCACGAAAAAGUAUUCGUAGAAAUGCAAACCUGAGUCAAUUAUACCGCAGCAUGCAAGAUGCUUAUAAUGAAAUGCAGACUCCACUAGUAUACCAAUUUCCAUCUACUCUGGGAUUGAAAGAGCUCAAAGAAUCCACAGUCCAACAGGCCUCAAGUUCUGGCUAUAUUGAUGCCCCUGUUGAUGAAACCGUUUUUGAUGUGGAUAAGGAUGUUGAUGAUCUUCUGCCUGUUGAAGUUAAAGAACAACGUCUCAGCAAUCUGCUUCAGUCAUUGAUGGUUGCUGGUUGUGUUGCUGCUAUGCCUCUUCUGAAGAAGAUCCCAACUGCAGUUCUUUGGGGUUAUUUUGCUUUCAUGGCAAUUGAAAGCUUGCCUGGAAAUCAAUUCUGGGAGAGGAUAUUGUUACUUUUCACUGCUCCAAGUCGAAGAUACAGGGUUCUGGAGAAGUAUCAUGCAACAUUUGUUGAAACCGUGCCCUUCAAAUCAAUUGUCGCCUUCACCAUGUUCCAGACAAUUUAUUUGCUUCUUUGUUUCGGAAUAACAUGGAUCCCAAUAGCCGGGGUGCUUUUCCCAUUGUUGAUCAUGCUUCUUGUCCCGGUGAGGCAAUAUUUUCUCCCUAAGUUUUUCAAAGGAGCUCAUCUUCAAGACUUGGAUGCUGCAGAAUAUGAAGAAGCCCCAGCCAUUGCUUUCAACAUGUCAUUUGGAGAACAUGAUCUUCAUAGAAGAAGUGGUACCAUCGACAGUGGAGAAAUACUCGAUGAAAUCUUCACAAGGAGUCGCGGUGAGAUCCGCCACUCUCAAAGUCCGAAAGUAACAAGUUCAACACCUACUUCACAAGAGGGUAUAAAGCCUGCCUGCAGUCCACAGUUGUCACAGAAAAUAUACAGCCCGCGUGUAAGUGAACUGAGGGGCGAGUACAGCCCCCGAUUGAUUGGAAAGGAAGCUGAAGCAAAACAAUCUCCCAGUCCUGGACCAUCUACACUUGGACAAAGUACCCCUGGUUCUUCGUCAAGCCAAACAUAAUAAAAUUAUAAUUUCUGGUGAGCUCAUUUGUCAGUGGUUCUCGAGAGGUUCCGUAUGUUUUAUGUGUGUAACUAAGAGUAAUGUUGUAGAUGAAUGUGUUUCUAACCUUUCACAACAGUAUAGGUCGUUUGCCAGUGUUACUAUUUAUUUUAUUUUCCUUUACAUCUGUUGGGCAGAGAACAUGGUCGUUAUAAUGGAAAAGUUGUUUUUAUUUUUAUAAA